AUCGACGAUUGUUGACGGGAGCUAUAGCCCAGACCACACCCAUCCUCUCCAUUCGCAGGCUUCGCUUCGCGAUCGCUCAGCAAUCUCACUGACUUCACCACCUCGCAUUCGCAACGCCAGACCACAUUGCUCCUGCCGCCAGGAGCCACUGCUUGCAGGAGGGUCCCGAGCAUUGACUUGACCGAGAUGGAGGCGCUCACCUUCAACAUGUCUCACGGCUAUGCCGAAGGCAUUGCACGAGGCUAUCGCAAUUCUCUCCUCUCCAGCUCCGUCUUUGCCUCGCUCGCACAGUGCGAGACUCUGGACGACCUCAGAAUGCAAUUGUCAGCCACGGAUUAUGGCAAUUUCUUGGCCGAUGUGCCUGGUCAGCUCACUACGAGCAUCAUGGCUGAGAGGGCGACCAACAAGAUGGUGGCAGAAUUCGAAUACCUGCGAGGCAACGCGAGCGGAGAUCUGGCCAAAUUCCUAGAUUACUUGACGUACGCGUACAUGAUCGACAACCUUAUCCUCCUCAUCACCGGUACUUUGCAUGAGAGGGACACACACGAGCUGCUCGAGCGAUGUCAUCCAUUGGGCUACUUCGAGAGCAUGCCGGCGCUCUGCGUAGCCGGAACGGUAGAGGAGCUUUACAACGCUGCUAUUGUGGAAACACCUUUGGCUCCCUACUUCCGCAACUGCCUCUCAGCCGCUGACCUGGACGACUUGAAUAUCGAAAUCAUCCGGAACACGCUCUAUAAGGCUUAUCUGGAAGAUUUCUACCAAUUCUGUGAAGGCCUGGGGGGUCAGACUGCCGAGUCCAUGACGACGCUUCUGUCUUUUGAAGCAGACCGGAGAGUGCUCAACAUUACUUUGAACUCUUUUGGCACGUCGCUCUCAAAGGAAGAGCGAGCUCGACUUUUCCCAUCCGUUGGACGUCUCUAUCCCGCCGGCAACAACAUCCUCGCUCGCGCAGACGAUGUGGAACAAGUCAAAGGAGUAUGUGACAUGGUGCCAGAAUACAGAAGCUUUCUGGACGGCCCAGGCGCCGGAGGAGAGGCUAAUGCUGAGGGACUUGAGGACAGGAUGUUCAAGGAGGAGACGAGAUUGAAUCGCAUCGAGACCAUCUGCCAAUUCCAAUUUGGAAUCUUCUACAGCUGGCUCAAACUCAAGGAGCAUGAAAUCAGGAGCAUCACUUGGAUUGCGGAAUGCAUUGCGCAGGGUGUGCGAGACCGAAUUGGUGACUUCGUGCAGAUUUAAUUGUGUCUCUGACUAUGAUCAGCCUUGUCAUUCGCAUUAGUCAAUAGCCAUUGGUUUUUAGCAC